AUGGCUUUGCCAAAGUUGGCACAGUUUGCUGUUAUCCUUUCUGUUAUCUGCUACACUCUGGACAAGUCAGGAUUCAACCCGUUGGUCUUCACCUUCUUUGAGGAAUCAGUUGAUUCUAAAUCACCCAGCCUUUAUGCCAGAGAAAAAAGAGAGACCGCAAUAACCUCCACUGAAUAUGAGCUUGAUGUCAUUAUGAGCUUUUCUGACUCAGCAAUUCUCCAAAUGAUCACCGAUUUCAAUGUUUCCAUAUCAAUCGACAAUAAAAGUGAAAUUUCCAGCCUUGUCAUAACAACAGUGUGCUCACUAGAAAAAGCUGGGUAUCAGUGCAAGUGUGAGGAGAACUUUGCCUGGUCUUAUAACACUUGCCUUACCUAUGGAGCAUGUGAUGCCAUCACUGGUGACACAUGCGGCUGCAUUAAUGACCUUCCAGCUGAUGGUCAGUCCUGUCAGUUCAACGGCAACCAAAUAGUGGAACGUGAUGUGCUGAAUAACUUGUUCAUACCAGUGGCCAGUGUCCCACCUAAUUUAUUGGACUCAAUCAUAGCAAUUCUGAAAAAUGAAAGCUUCCCUGUAACCAUAUUAUCUUUAGAAGUAAGAGAAAUGAAUCUAAGCACAGUCUGUGAUCCAAGCUCAGCUCAGGGCUUGCGAUGUAAAUGUGAGGAUGAUUUUUCUUGGCCAUGUGAGAUGUGCACGAGCAACACUACAUGCAGUAGUGACAGCAGUUCAAGCUGUAACUGCAUAUAUAAAUCUUCAUUUUCUGAGCAGUACUGUCAGCCAGUCACAGAGAUCCAUCAGUGCCCUGUGAGGUCAACCACAACACCGACACUCUCAACACAAAACGUGACAACAGUAGCCACAACUGAAACCUUCACUGUAACUGAAAGCUUCACUCUAAACAUGCAGUUCAAAGAAUCUUACAAUGACCCUGACAGCGAUCUUUACAAAAAUGUUUCUGCCGCUGCUGAAAUAAAUUGUAAGGCUUUCGUGUCAACAGAUUGUAAGGUCCAGAAUCUGAAGUUUCGGUCUGGAAGCACCAUCGCUGAUUUUUCUCUCAGCAGUUCUUCUCAGGAUGUGUCGAAAGUUCAAUUAGCAAAAGAUGAAAUGUUAAAUCAACUGGUAGAAAAUUAUCCUGUGGAGAUUGUCAGUCCUAAGAAAUUGGAUGUUACAGAUGUAGUUUCUUCAGAGGAAAUAAUUGCUGGGGACUCUGUAACCCUGACAUGUGGACCUCCUCCGACUAAUCUCGGUUUAAACCUGAGGGUGGUGUGGACAUUUGCUGGGACAGUCCUCGAACCAACCAAAGGCAGUGAUGAGGGAACUUCAAAAUACACAAUCCCACAGUUUUUUCAAAUCCACGAUGGGAAAUAUGUAUGUACGAUGAGCCGUAAGGAUGGUGCUAUUUUCACACAGAGCAGAGAUUUAAAGUCCAAACCAGCACCGGUGAUCACUGUGAACCCAAUCAGCGCAGUACUAAAAUGUCCUGGUUCACAGACACUAAAGUGCUCUGUUGAAGGAGACUACAAGGUUGAAUUUAGGAGGGUUGGUCCAAUAGGUCCUGGUACAGAUAUCAGCUAUAAGUAUACAGCCUCUAGUGGAUGUCAACAAGAGGAAAAAGAGAUAAUCUGUCAAGUGACAGGAAAGCCAGAAACAAAUAAAAUAAUUAAACUGGCACUGAGACAAAAUGUUUAUUGUGAAGGUGAUAAAGUAUUCGGUGCGGGAUAUCAAAAUUUUGUUGCUGUUGCUUCCUGUGAAGAUGGUAUGGUGGGAAACAGAACAGCCGUUUGUAAGGCUGAUCGCACGUAUGGAGAUUUCCAAGACAACUGUGUCCUAGAAGUUAUACAGAACCUGCUUGAUCAGUCAGCGACACUGGAUAAGGCUACCAUGCCAGGAUUCUUGGAAAACCUCAAGGAUGCAACUAUCAACAACACAGAGACCAUAACUGAUUCUCCUGCUACCAUUAAUGCAAUGGUUGACAUCUUAGAAAAUGUUGCUAAUAGGAGUGGUUCUUUAAAUAUCACAAUAUAUGAAGAAUCCACAAAGAACAUCAUGAAAAGUGCAGGAGUUCUCACCAUUGACACUGCAAAGAAAUCAUGGGAUACCCUGAACAAUGAAACCAGUAAUAAAGUAGAUGCCAGCUCUUCGUUUUUAAGCGCCUUUGAAGGAAUAACAGCCAAUGUUGUCAAUAAACCAUUGAAUAUAAAUACAGAUCAUAUUAUUUUCACCAAAACUAAUUUCACUAACAUUUUCAAGGAGGACUUUAACUCCUCAGUUGAGGUAGAGAUAGCAGAAGCUGAGGUAGAGAAACAGUCAAUUUCAGUGAUAGUAUUUGCAUCAAUGAACAAUGUUCUUCCUGUGAGAGAAAAAACAAAUACCUCAUCCAGUGUUAUCAAUGGAAGAGUUGCACUUAUCCAGCCAGAAUCAAAUCUUACGAACAUAUCAAUAGCUUUUGAUGUGCUUAAUGAAACCCUGGGAAACCCUAAAUGUGUUUUUUGGGAUUUCGACCUGUUUGAUGGUCUUGGAGGCUGGAGUGAGGAUGGCUGCUCCUUUGUAAUGAGUGAAAAUGGAUCAGUCACCUGCAACUGUGACCAUACCACCUCGUUUUCUAUUUUAAUGUCACCCUCCAGCUAUUCUGAUCCUCCGUUGGAAUACAUCACCUACAUUGGAGUUGGAAUCUCUAUGGGUUCUUUGAUUAUAUGCCUAAUCAUUGAAGGCAUUGUAUGGAGAAAAAUAAGGACAAACAGAACAUCGUACUUGCGUCAUGUGUCUAUUGUUAACAUCGCUGUGUCUCUCCUGAUUGCAGACAUUUGGUUUAUUAUUGGAGCGGCCAUUUCAAAGACAAAAAAUGCACCAGCAUGCACAGCAGCUACCUUUUUUAUCCAUUUUUUCUAUCUCGCCAUGUUCUUCUGGAUGCUAGCCUCAGCCCUGUUGUUGCUCUACCUUACCGUCAAUGUCUUUGAUGGAGGGCUGUCUAAAGCAUCUAUGCUGGCCAUUGGAUUCUCUUUGGGAUAUGGUGCACCACUGAUCAUUGCAACAAUAACUAUAGCUGUAACUGCUCCCUCAAAGGAAUACAUCCAAAACAAUAACGCCUGUUGGCUCAACUGGUACAAGUCCAAAGCUCUUUUGGGGUUUGUGAUCCCUGCACUUCUGAUCGUGGCAGUGAAUUUAAUAAUCCUGAUUGUGGUGAUAUUCAAAAUUGUGUGGAGAAGAUAUGGGGAGAAUGCGGCCCAAGCAGGAGAAAAGCAUGUCCUGCUGGUGAUUGCCAGGAGUCUGGCUGUUCUAACACCAUUUUUUGGAAUAACUUGGGGUUUAGGAGUUGGAAUCAUGGCGAGUCCAAAAAACAGAGGGAUCCACAUUACAUUUGCACUGUUCAAUUCCUUGCAGGGCUUGUUCAUUCUGGUCUUUGGAACUCUACUGGACAGAAUGGUGUGGACAGAAAUCCGGCAGUCUCAUUCAUCUACCUCCCAAAUCCAAACAGGAAGCUCGGGUGCUAGAAACAUAUCCAGUGGAGUGGGGGACUUUUUCAGGAGAUUCAGAAGAGAAAGACGUUCCAGAAGUGGCUACCAGUUGUCUUCUAAUGGAGCCACGAACUUAUCUUUCAACACUUAAUACAAUGCAAGAAAAGCAUUGCCUGAAGACGCCCAAUUAGUAGUCAGCCCUUUUUUUUGUAAAUAUGUAAUUAUACAGUUUGAUAUGCUUUUUCAAAAGAGUUGAAACUAAUAAGCUGAAGUAAGCACCUUUUCAAAGUGGCUCUAUGUAUGAAGUAAUCUGUUUUCAUAUUACAUUUAUGUUACAAAUAUUUUUAAACAUA